AUGGGGGCUGGGGCUAGUGCUGAGGAGAAGCACUCAAGGGAGCUGGAAAAGAAGCUCAAAGAAGAUGCUGAGAAGGAUGCUCGAACCGUGAAACUGCUGCUUCUGGGCGCGGGUGAGUCCGGGAAGAGCACCAUUGUCAAGCAGAUGAAGAUCAUCCACCAGGAUGGGUACUCGUUAGAAGAGUGCCUCGAGUUCAUCGCCAUCAUCUACGGCAACACGCUGCAGUCCAUCCUCGCCAUCGUGCGCGCCAUGACCACACUCAACAUCCAGUAUGGAGACUCUGCCCGCCAGGACGACGCCCGGAAGCUGAUGCACAUGGCGGACACCAUCGAAGAGGGCACGAUGCCCAAGGAGAUGUCGGACAUCAUCCAGCGGCUGUGGAAGGACUCGGGUAUCCAGGCCUGCUUCGAACGCGCCUCUGAGUACCAGCUCAACGACUCGGCGGGCUACUACCUCUCGGACCUGGAGCGCCUGGUCACCCCGGGCUACGUGCCCACUGAGCAGGACGUGCUGCGCUCCCGUGUCAAGACCACAGGCAUCAUCGAGACGCAGUUCUCCUUCAAGGACCUCCACUUCCGGAUGUUCGACGUGGGCGGGCAGCGCUCAGAGCGCAAGAAGUGGAUCCAUUGCUUCGAGGGUGUGACCUGCAUCAUCUUCAUCGCGGCACUGAGCGCCUACGACAUGGUGCUGGUGGAGGACGACGAAGUGAACCGCAUGCACGAGAGCCUGCACCUGUUCAACAGCAUCUGCAACCACCGCUACUUCGCCACCACGUCCAUUGUGCUCUUCCUCAACAAGAAGGACGUUUUCUCAGAGAAGAUAAAAAAGGCGCAUCUCAGCAUCUGCUUCCCGGAUUACGACGGGCCCAACACGUACGAGGACGCGGGCAACUACAUCAAGGUGCAGUUCCUCGAGCUCAACAUGCGCCGCGACGUGAAGGAGAUCUAUUCCCAUAUGACUUGCGCUACUGACACACAGAACGUCAAGUUCGUCUUCGAUGCAGUCACAGACAUCAUCAUCAAAGAAAACCUCAAAGACUGCGGCCUCUUUUGAGGUGCCUGAACUCAUGUGUGUCCCUGACACCCUGUAGCCCUAGCCACCUUGUAGCCCUAGCCCACAGGAGCCUAUCAGCACAACCCCCCUGAACUCCUGGACCCCAGCCUGUGGUCCCACCAGCCACACACCCAAAACCCUGAGCCCCACUAGCCUUGAGGCCCUGACCCUCCCCCGUGUCUCCCAGAGCCCAGUGCCCCCAACCCCACUGCUGCCCUUCACGGCCUGGCGGCACUGGCCUCCAGGACCCACCACAGCCAGCCCCAGCUAGGAACAGGCAGGACUUGGGACAGCUAGAGCUCACAGUGACUCAGCAGUGCCCAACUGACCAAUCUCCAGCAGGUCUCUCUCCCCAGGGGGCCCAUGACUCACCU